AUGCCAAAUUCUGAUGAAUUACCGAAAGUGAUCUUUGUUUUAGGACCUCCAGGAUGUGGUAAAGGAACGCAAUGUGUAAAAUUAGAAAAGGAUCUCGGUUUGAAACAUUUGAGUGCUGGCGAAUUGUUGCGGAAUGAACAGAAACGUGAACGUUCUCAAUAUGGUCAAGUUAUUGAAUCACAUAUUCGAAACGGCACUAUUGUUCCGGUUGAAAUUACUUGCAAACUCAUCGAGAAUGCAAUGAAUGAUUCGUUGUCUGCAAAAGCAUUCUUGGUUGAUGGUUUUCCGCGGAAUCAAGAUAAUGUAGAAGGAUGGGAACGUAUGAUGAUGUCAAAAGCAAAAGUUCUAUUUAUUUUAUAUCUACAUUGCCCAGAUGAUAUCUGUAUAAAAAGGUGCUUGAGUCGAAAUGAAGGACGUUCGGAUGACAACGAAGAGUCGCUACGUAAGAGGAUUGAAACAUAUCAUGCACAAACCAUACCGAUCAUAGAACAUUAUAAGGCGAAAAAUCUUGUUUGGCAAGUAUCAGCAACGGCGCCACCAGAGGAGGUUUACAAAGAAGUGAAAAAAAUUUUUCAAAACAGUGGUAUCUGA